AUGCCUAGUAAGAAUCCGACAGCAGAGGAAGACUACGACUACCUCUUCAAAGUCGUGUUAAUUGGUGACAGUGGUGUGGGCAAAUCUAAUAUACUUAGCCGAUUCACACGAGGAGAGUUUAAUCUGGAGUCUAGGUCUACCAUUGGCGUAGAGUUCGCUACCAAAUCAGUCCGUAUAGGCUCGAAAGUGGUGAAGGCUCAGAUAUGGGAUACAGCGGGCCAAGAGCGUUAUCGUGCCAUAACAUCAGCGUAUUACCGAGGUGCCGUCGGAGCUCUACUCGUCUACGAUAUAUCCAAACGAUCAUCAUUCGAAAACGCUGCACGAUGGUUGAAGGAACUGCGUGAGCAUGCAGAUAGUGAUAUCGUGGUCAUGCUAGUCGGCAACAAAUGUGAUCUAUCCCAUUUGAGAGCGGUCGAGGAAGAUGAGGCAAAGAAGUUUUGUACCGACAACGAUCUCCUAUUCAUAGAGACCAGUGCUUUGGAGGCGACUAAUGUGGAGGAGGCCUUCCAGGAGAUCCUAGAGGAUAUAUACAAG